CAAUUCGACAGCCGCGCCCGCUUUGAGUCAAAUCAACGUGAGCGCGGUUUAGCGCUUUAACGACCCACCCUGUGUCGUUUUCCUGUCGGACCAGAAACGAUUAUAUUCUGUCGCAGCGCAUUUGCCGUCUAUCUCUCGCUCUUACUUGGAAAAGAACUAACCCGGAAGUUUGCUUGCUGUGCCGAGUUAGCUUGAUGCCAGCCCUAUGCAGUGGGAGAGAGAGAAAAAAGUUCUGAUUUGUGUGGUUUUCUUGGACGGGUCGAGCCGAGAUGUCUCCAGGUGGGUGUUGUGCGCUCCUCUCAGGCCAACAAAGUCUCUCGACGCACGGACGUUGUCGUAUCAACGAGCCAUUGUGAUUUGUUUGGAGCUCUGCGGUGAAGAGAAGUCGACUAAGUGGAAGAAAAAGCAACAGUCAGCGCACUUUGUCGUCGUCGUCGUCGUCCUCCUCCUUCUCCUCCUCCUGCCGCUGUUGCUGCUUAGAAGAACCAUGGCUUUCUUCGUGAAGAAGAAGAAGUUCAAGUUCCAGACUCAUCUGACGCUGGAGGAGCUGAGCGCGGUUCCUUUCGUCAACGGGGUUCUCUUCUGCAAAGUUCGCCUGCUGGACGCAGAUUUCACGGCGACGUCCUCCAGGGAGGAGGUCCAAGAGAACUGCGUGCGCUGGAGGAAGAGGUUCUCCUUCGUGUCCAAGAUGAGCGCCAACCCGCACACGGGAGUGCUGGACCCUUCCGUGUGCAGGGUGUCAGUCAGGAAGGAGCAGAAAGGAGGCAAGGCGUACACCAAGCUGGGCUUCACCGACCUCAACAUGGCCGAGUUCGCUGGCUCGGGCUCCACAGUGCGCUGCUGUCUGCUGGAAGGGUACGACACCAAGAACACGCGGCAGGACAACUCCAUACUCAAGGUCAUCAUCGGGAUGACCCUCCUGUCAGGAGACCCGUGUUUCAAAACUCCUCCCAGCACGGCCAAGUCCAUCUCCAUCCCGGGACGCGAGCACACCCUGCAGCUGGACUGCAAGGGGGAGGGAACCGCCCGCCAUGGACCGGCCGGGGGGAUUUCUCUGGGGCGAACGGCCAAACCGCGACCCUCCAUCGUCAGCUCUGGUCUUCUGGAUGAUCCCGAAGGCAACCAGUGCGGUCCGGGAGAGACCUUCCAGUCAGGCCACUCUCGGAACUCCAGCUACGCCAGCCAGCACAGCAAAAUCUCAGGCUACAGCACGGAGCACUCCUGCUCGUCCAGCUUGUCUGACCUGACCCACCGCAGGAACACCUCCACCGGCAGCAGCACCUCAGGGGGGCCGGGGGGCUUCGCCGCCGACACAGACGGCGACAAGGAGGCGGGGCGCUCCGAGAGACCCCCCCGGCCUCCGAGGCCCGUCCUGCCCUCCAACAGGCCUCCGAGGAGGAAGCAAGACUCUGUGGAGAGUCAGCCAUCUUGGGUCAACGACACCCGCAUGGACGCCGACGACAUCGUGGAGAAAAUUGUCCAAAGCCAAAACUUUGCCGACGUCAACAACACUGAAGACAGCAACCUGCGUCUGUUCGUCAACAAAGACGGGACGACGGCGCUCAGCGGCAUCCGGCUGGGGAACAGGGUAUCUGCCGGCGGCUACGAGCCUGUGGUGAUUGAGAGUCACUGAAGGGAAGAGUCCGCCUCGUCUUCUGGUCCGGUCCGCUUCAGCUGGUCUGACGGCACUAGUUUGCACUUUAAUGCCCCGCGCCCCCCAAAACACGCUCCUCGACCAUCUUCUUCUUCACCCCCGAGGUCGUCGUCUUGCGAGCGUGGCCGACGCUGGCCCCCCGUGGAUCGGGGGGAGCGGCAGGGAAGCACUUUGAACGUUUCUCUCAAUGAGCCCGAAGAGCCUUGCGACUAGCAAGGCGGCUGGUGACGGCGAGGGGAGGAACCUUUUGGACUUGUUCUUCACGUUCUGGCCUGCUCGUCCCGGUGGUCUCUGCUGCCCACUGGUGGAGCAGCGACGUGCCGCCAGGUUCCCUCAAGCGUCUCGAAGCUCAAGAAAAAGUGUGAUGUUCGCCACCAGCCGGCUGGUUGCAGCUUUUUACACACGUUUUCUUUUAGAAGCAACUUCAGUUUCUACCAAAAAGUCAGUCCAAAGUGACGUGUUGGCAUUUGAAGAAUGAUGUUUUCCCAUCUUUGGUGUAGAAAUUUGCCAGGUUUUCAAGGCAAAGCUGCAGUUUUUGUGUUUACCAGGCUUUUUUUUUCUUCUUUGUGAAGCGUGCACAUUUAGAUUUGAUUGCGCUCACGGCGUUGAGGGACAAACCACUGAUUUGUUUGUUGUUGGGUUUACGACCACCACACUUUCUCCCUGAAAGCAUUUAUUUAUGUCCUUCUUUUCCCUCUCAUGAUUCUAUGAUGGUUUGGACCGGAGGAUGCACACAACUUGAUUCCCUCUUCUUUUUUCCCCCCUACUAGAAAUUCUAACAAAGUAUUAUACGAUAACAAAGAUAGUACGUAUUACUUCAAAAUUCUACACAAUGAUGUAACUCUUCUAAACAAUAAAAACCUCUUUACAUUGUUUUGUGGCUGUUUUAUUUAAAAUGUGAUCUCUUAAGAGUAUGUUUACAGAAAUGCAAGAAUAUUGAAGGUGCUUUUAUUUGAAAGAUGACUAUAAAUGUUAGGCCCCGUUUAAACCAAAAAGGAUAUGACGUAAUCUUGCAGCACGAGAUCCGACCAGCAGGGGGCA